AUGUCCUCGACUUCAGGAAGACCAUUUGUGCCGUCAUUGGGAAGCGUUUCUGAGGUUGACGGCACUGAUGGAGAAGAUGAGUUCGAGAAAGAAGAGCAACGCGAGGAAAUGGCCGCCCAACACCCAGUGAAGCCCACUUGGAAACAGACAUUCCUCGUCUGUAUUGGAUUGGCCGAUCGGAGAGAUGAUGGUGAGCUAAGAAACCUUUUACAUCCGGAAAGAUACGCGAAUAAUGGAAGAGUUCGCUCCGGUGGCACGCAGACGCACUCAGCUUCGAGGUCUCCCAAACCGUCUCGAUCACCGAGAUCUUCGAGAUCGCCAGGACUGCUUGUGACACAAAGAGAUGACGAUGAUGAUGUCAGUGCUCGAGACGAGUCUUUCCAAACAGCUUCCAGAGGCUCCUCUAAUCGCUUGCAUCCAAAUGAUGGAUCUGAUACAAGCUCGACCCCUCGUUCUGGCUCAAAUCGGGAUAUCAUGACGCCGAUUGCCGAGAUCUCCGACUCUUAUAAAGGAUCACCAAAAGUAUCUCCUCAUCCAAGGGUCACAGACAACCCAGCCUACGACUACAAUCGGUCAUCACGAGAAGAAUUUCCGAGAGAUGAUGCUGAGUCGAGAAGCUCCGGUAGCUCAUCAGUCUCCCAAUCGCACUCACUGCCACCAGGUGUUGAGAUUAGAGAAGGAAUGCUUGCUGGUCCGUCCUCUAGAACAUCGUCUCGAUCCGAUACCAGCUAUCAAAAAGCGGCUCAUUCGUUGCUAGAGCCAGUACUAGCAAAUGCUAGAAAAAGAAGUGACGAGGAGUACCCGCCUCGUCAACCCGACUUCUACAGUUUCGACGAACCGUCACCGUCUCGAGAACGAAUGCAAACACCAUUGGCUCAAUUGUAUGCAAAUCCGCAUAACAGCUACACAUCGGCUAUGAUGAGUCCAAUUAUGGCUGAUUACUCUUUACUUGGUGGAGUGACCACAGAAGAUAGUGAAUCGAAUGAUGAGCACACGCAUUUACUCCCAAUGACAACAAGCAGUGGCAGCUCUGGAAAGAAUCGAAUGAAGACAUCGACCUCGUCCGGCAUGAGACCGCCAAGAUUCCGUAUCUCGACAUCGCCUCUGAGAAAGCGCUUGGAAGAGGAUUCCGACAGCUCAGCGCGACGCUUCGAGAUGCGAAUAGACGAGGAGGGUGCAGGGAGAAAGCAGAGGCGAUCCGGUGAAGAGAGACGAACAUCGAGGGGACGAAGUACACAAGAUCGAUCACCGAUGUCACCCGAAAGAAGUCCCGCCACGAGUGGUUCUCCAACAAAACGAAACGUCACUCAUACGAUUGUU